CCUGUCUCUGUCGGGAACCUGGUUAUCCUCUGAGCUAGUGGGCUUCAUUUCCUGGUGUGGGAAGAAGAGGCAGGGAAGGCGAGGAGAAGAUGGAGUCAGAGCCUCUCUACAACCUGCUGCAGUUCCCAAAGGAGGUGAACCAGCCCACAGAGGAGGAGCUCCCACGAGGAGGAAAGAAGAAAUACCUGUCCCCCAGUUCCCGGAAGGACCCCAAGUUUGAAGAACUACAGAAGGUGCUGAUGGAAUGGAUCAAUACUACACUCCUCCCAGAGCACAUCGUGGUCCGCAGCCUGGAGGAGGACAUGUUUGAUGGACUCAUUUUGCACCACCUGUUCCAGAAGCUGUCAGCCCUCAAGCUGGAAGUGGAGGAAAUCUCUCUGACCGCAGCCAGCCAGAGGCGCAAGCUAGGGGUCGUCUUGGAGGCCACCAACCGGAGUCUGCAGGUCGAAGAGCAACAGGCCAAGUGGAACGUGGAGACCAUCUUCAAUAAGGACCUGCUGGCCACCUUGCAUCUCCUGGUGGCCCUGGCCAAACGCUUCCAGCCGGACCUGCUUCUUCCAGACAACGUCCAGGUGGAAGUCAUCCACGUUGAGAGCACCAGGACCGGCCUGAAGUCAGACAAGCUGGUGGAGCAGCUUACAGAAUGCAGCGCACACAAGGACCGGCCUUCACAGGACGCCUUUGAUGAAUUAUUUAAGCUGGCUCCGGAGAAAGUGCACGCCGUGGAAGAGGCCAUCUUGAACUUUGUCAACCAGAAGUUGGAGCACCUGGGCCUGUCUGUGCAGAGUCUGGACACCCAGUUUGCAGAUGGCGUCAUCCUGCUCCUGCUGAUUGGACAGCUGGAAGGCUUCUUCCUGCAUCUGAAGGAAUUCUAUCUCACUCCCAGCUCUCCCACAGAAAUGCUGCACAAUGUCAAUCUAGCCCUGGAGCUGCUGAAGGAUGAAGGCCUGCUCAGCCACCCUGUCAAUCCUGAAGAUAUUGUGAACAAGGAUGCCAAGAGCACACUGAGGAUACUCUACAGCCUAUUCCAGAAGCAUGCACUGAGGGCAGAGGGUGAUGGGGUGCCCCGUGGUGCCCCAAACUAGUCACCUCUGCCUCCCCCAAGCCAUUUCUCAGGACCUGCCACCUCUGGAGGACCCAGCAGUCCUAGAUCCUCCCACCCCAGCCUUGUUACUGUGGGUGGGUGACAUGCUUCCCUCCCACACCCGUCCUGCCUACCUGUACACGUGGGCUGAUACCUUUGAUCCCACCAGAUGGGGACCUGUUUUGAGCCUACCCCUGCUUUGCUCAGAGCAUUGUGAGAGCUGUAUGAAUUGUAUUCUGUGAGUGGGGGGAGGGUGGCACUCUGGGUGCCUGUGGAGUCCUGGGUUAGCCUUUAACUAUAUGAAAAGACUUUGGCUCUCAGGCUAGACCAGACCUCAACAGCCCCCAAUCUGUCUACUACGGCUAUACCUGGACAGUUAGUGGCUGCCCACAAAGCUGACUUUCCCCAGCCAUAGGCUCUUUGGCAUCAAGGCUGAUGGCCUGAGUGCACUCAGCUCCUGGCUGUCUGCCUGCUACUUGGCCCAGGACCAUCACCCAAAGACUGGAGGAGCCCCAUAAGGGAGAAGUGGAUCCAGUUUCUUGUCAAAGGACCCUGGCCAGGAUAUCCCUACAGCCACAGUCCUGAGCUUCGCCCCGAGCCCCGGGGAAGAGAGCCUGUAGUUGGUUCCCGGGUUCAGGCUAUCUCUGGUCAUCUUCAGGGAGCUAUGAGCAUUCUGUCCUGUGAGACUUCAUGUCUUCUGCAAAGAGACAGAAACAGCUGAAGAACUGAGCUGGGUCCACCCGGGCUGGAGGAGAAGCUGUCUGGGAGACACAAGGCAUGGGGUGUGAGGUUGCUGCAGACACAUACAGGUGUACUGGUUCACGGGUGCAGGAAUGUCGGGGAGGCCAGCCCAUUGCCACUCCUCUGGACUUUUUUCUGUCUGCCCAGAUCCAGGCCUCUGGGAGGAAAGGCCUCUAGGUUUGGGGUGGUAUAGUGGAACAGCCUUGCUUUUGGGGGUCUUUAGAGCAGAGUCUUGACAGGACAGGACACCCCUCCUAAGACAGUGGGUGGAGCUUAGGAGUGACCUGGGGCACUGGUGUCUGAUGUGAGGGGUCUAGAGGCUCUUCCCUCCACCCACCUCCCACCCACCUGUCCUCUUGCCUGCUCAUAAGUCUUACAGUGGGGGUUCUCAUCACAUAUCUCCUCUGUCUCACUACCUCUGGGACAUGUCCCUCUCCCAUGGCGGCAGUGGCAUCAUCACAGUAGCUGGGGGCUAGUUGCCUCUACCUCAGCUAACCUUUCCAUGAAGGCCUUCCUCUAGGCCCCAUUUGUUCUCUCUGGAACAUCCUGAGCCACGGUGGCCAGAGUCCACACUCACCUCCUGGGCUUUUGGCUCCCUCUGUCCUUCUUCACUGCCUGCUUGCUCACUCGGCCCCUCCAUGUCCUCACUUCCACAUCCCCACCUCCUGUCUGAUAGCAAACUUAAGUCCUAACGUUGAUAAUAAUUUUUGUAAUUUUAUUGAGGAAUAACUAACAUGUCCCAGUUUAAAUGUACAAGUUAAUGACAGUUGACAAGCAUAUGCAGUCACACACCUCCACCUUCAGAAGGGUCCAGCGCUGAAACAGCCUGCCGCCUGAUGUUGCAGCCUUCGGAGUCCCGGCCUUGGAAGUGACCGAUCCACUUUCUGUUAAUGCCAUGUCGCCUUUUCUGUAUCUUUUAGAAACUGCAGCAGAGAGGAAGUGGUCUUCCACGUGGGGUAUCUUUGCCCUGGUGCAAUUCUGCCGUCUCCACGGUGACCCCACAGCCCAUCCCUCUGCUUGCUGAUGACGGGCCCCUUCAGUGGGUGCCAAUCAUACAUUCAUGUGUUCGCUGCCCACAGAGCUGGAGGACUCUCUUUACUGUCCAGUUUUUAUGUCGUCUGCAGGGAUUGCGAUUCCUGUCUUUCAGAUUGCUGAGCAUGCUCUCCUCUUUGUCUGGACACUUCCUGGGUGAAUACCCAGGACUGACAUGACUGAUUCAUACAUUAAUUGUAUGUUUUAUUCUGGAAGAUACUGUGAAAUGGU